UGUCAUUAUUGGAGGACUUUUUGAUAUACAUAUUUAUUACAAAACAGAAGCAUUUUAUUUUUCGAGUCCUCCACAUCUUCAGCCACGGAAAAUAAGUAUGCUCCUUGAAGACUUCUAUAACUUCCUUAGCUUAGUAUUCGCUGUGGAUGAAAUCAACCGUAACCCUAAAAUUCUUCCAAACGUGACUUUGGGUUAUAAUAUAUACGACUCUUACGUUGACCUCUUCAGAACAGUCCAAGGAGCAGUUCGACUCUAUUCAGGAAAUAAGAAGCAAUAUCCGAAUUAUAACUGUGAUAACUCAAGUGUUCUAGCUGCUGUGAUUGAAGGCAUGCCUCCCUCGUUUUCUACACAGUAUGCCAAUAUAUUUGGAAUCUACAAAUACCCACAGUUACAUCGGUAUCUGAAAAAAGUAUAUUUUACUAACACAAUGGGAGAUGAGAUCUAUUUUAAAGACGAUGAAAUGUCAGUCGGAUAUGAUAUUUAUAAUACCAUCUAUUUGCCCAAUGGGACAAAUAUUGCAGAACGAGUUGGUAGCUUUGACCGUAAUGCGCCACCUGGAAAGCAAAUAACAUUGGAUAAGACUAUUAUAUGGGAACAUAAGUUCACAGAGUCUCCUCCUUUACUGUUCUGCAGUAACAGCUGUCCGCCGGGAAAAAGGAAAUCCGUUCAAAAAGGAAAACCAGUUUGUUGCUAUGAUUGUUUACAAUGUCCAGAGGGGCAAGUUUCCAAUGAAACAGACAGGGACGUGUGUAUAAAAUGCCUAGAAGACCAGUGGCCAAAUGAACAAAAAACAGCUUGCAAACAAAAGGUUAUAACCUACCUGUCUUAUGAAGACCCUAUCGGAAUUAUCUUGACAUUUAUAGCACUUUUAUUUUCUUUCAUGUCAGCUGGGGUUCUCGGAAUAUUUAUUAAGUAUCAAGACACUCCUAUUGUGAAAGCCAACAACCGGGAUCUCAGCUAUCUUCUAUUAAUAUCUCUUAUCUUCUCAUUUCUCUGUUGUUUGCUCUUCAUUGAACGUCCAGGGGAAUGGACUUGUUUUUUUCGACAAGCCAUUUUUGGGGUUACCUUCUCCAUCUCGGUGUCCUCACUUUUGGCCAAAACAUUCAUUGUUGUGAUUGCAUUUAAUGCAACCAAACCAGGAAAAAAUUUAAGAAAAUGGGUUGGUGCCAAAAUCCCCAAAUAUAUUGUCCUAACAUGUUCAGCCACUCAAGUUCUUAUCUGCGUGUUAUGGCUGAUUAUUGCACCUCCAUCAUCUUACUAUAACACACAGUCAGAAGUUGGAAAAAUCAUAGUUGAAUGCAACCAAGGAUCAGCCAUUGCUUUCUAUACAAUCCUUGGAUAUUUGUGCAUUUUGGCUUCGGUAAGCUUCAUUAUUGCAUUUAUGGCCAGGAAAUUGCCUGACACUUUUAAUGAUGCCAAACUGAUCACUUUCUGUAUGUUAGUUUUUAUCACUGUUUGGAGUUUUUUCAUCCCAACAUAUCUCAGUGCUAAAGGGACAGCCACGGUGGCAGUUGAGGUCUUUGCUAUUCUAGCCUCGAGUUCUGGAUUAUUGGUGUGUAUAUUUGCUCCAAAAUGUUACAUUAUUUUGAUAAAACCUGAGAGAAAUAGAAAAAAGCAGUUGUUAAAGAAACCUUCGUAA